CAAAGCCCGACCGUACCUGCAACGUUCUCUUCAUCCAGAUCUAAAACACGAUCUCAAGAGUCUGUUGCAGGUACACUCCCAAUUGCUACCCUCUCUUCCUCAACUAACCCCACCCACUCUGCAGCCCCGCCUCGACAUAACUCACCUCCUCAUCUCAAUCAACAUGGCCUCCGAAGCAGCUCUCACCCCCGAAGCAGCACGCUCCAUCGCACCACACCUCUUCCCUGCUCGAACCCCAAUUACAAAAGCGCAGAUAGAAGCCGGAAUCAACGUGUGCCUUGACAUCCAGCGACGCGCCGUGACGUUCGGGAAGCGGCCUUUUGCGGCCUGUUUGCUAGGGUCAGAUAACGAGACCGUACUGCUGAUGCAUCAAAGUAUUGAUCAAGUGAACCAUGCCGAAAGCUCCUUAGCCAGAUUAGCAUACUCCCACUAUUCCAAAGCCUACCUCUGGCAAUGCACCCUCGUGUCGACCUGGGAGCCAUGCGCCAUGUGCUCCUCCACUAUCUAUUGGGCACAUAUUGGAAGAGUGGUGUAUGCAGCGAGCAAUGAGCAAUUGGCGCAGUUGACGGGCCCCGGGAAUAAGGAGAAUUUCACGAUGAACUGGCAUACGAGGGAUAUUUUGCUGGGACAGCAAAAGGAUGUUGAGAUUAUUGGGCCCGUGGAGGGAAUGGAUAAAACGGUUGUGGAGGAGAGUGAUGUUUAUUGGAAGACGACGAGGUAGUAGGAGGUGAGGGAGACUGAAUUGUGACGGAGUCAGUUCUGCUUUGCUGUAUUUCGUGUUAUUUUGAUGUUGAAUGGUUUAUUGUUUUCUAUAACUGCUGGCUGGGAAGUCCCUGGAAUUUCAAAUUUUCAAGAAUUUGUUUUCACUGGCUGGUGUUGGUUGGGAAGUCCCUCGAACAGCAGCUUUGAAUGAGAACGUUCUAAGAGACAAGUCGC